AUGCAAUCAUCACUAGCAAAUUUGUGUUUCCAUGUCAAUAAUCAAUUGAUACGCCGAAAAAUCAAUUGCAUCGGAUCUUCCCUUUUCUCCUCAUUGGUGCGAAAGAGGGCUCCAGAGUUUUCAAACAAAAAGGCCGUUGUUGAUGGGCAAAUUUCCUCGAUCUCUUCGACGGAUCUUGCAGGCUCCUAUUGGGUCAUGCUGUUUUAUCCUUUGGAUUUUACAUUCGUUUGUCCAACCGAAUUGACUGCAUUUAACGAUAGAAUUUCCGAGUUUGAAGCGCUGGGCGUAAAAGUGCUCGCUGCAAGCGUCGAUUCUGAAUAUUCCCAUCUUGCCUGGACAAAACUUCCGCGCAAAGAGGGGGGAUUGGGUCCAAUGCGAAUUCCAUUAUUGGCAGAUGUCGAUAAAACCCUGUCUUCAAGCUUUGGGGUUCUGCUUGACUCUGGAGUGGCGCUUCGCGGCCUAUUUAUUGUUGACAAGCAGGGCAUAGUUCGCCAAUCCACCAUCAAUGACCUGCCAAUUGGGAGGAGCGUUGAUGAGGCCAUUAGACUGAUCCAAGCAGUCCAAUUUACCGAUGCCAAUGGUGAAGGCAAGAAUUUACGGUUAGGAUUUUGCCCUGCUAAUUGGAAACCCGGGAACCCAUCGAUUAUUCCGACCCCUCAAGGCUCGGUCAAAUAUUUUGAGGCAAAAUAA